UUUGGCGUUACUCCCUGAGCUCACGCUGCCGUUACAACCGACCGCGCGCUGCUCUGGCUAGCAAGCAAGGGAGAUGCUAGACAGAAAUGGCGGUGACGGCAAGGCGAACAGCAUGAAGUGCUGAUGCAUUACAUAGAUCAAAACUUUCGACUGGCAGGACACCGUUGGGUAAAUGACAAUGACGUCGAAGUAGACCACCUUUUGUAGCUGUCAGUAGAAACCUACAACACCUUCCCGGGGGAUUCUUCAUCUCGUCAGCGGAGGACAGAAAACCUCACCGGGAGCAUGGCUUCUUACAGCAACCAGUACAUCUUUGGGGAAUUCAGCCCUGAUGAGAUCAAUCAGUUUUUUGUGACUCCACGAUGUUAUGUUGAGCUUCCUCCGUUCAAUGACAAAGUCCAGUGUGUCACUCAGUCUUCUGGAUCUUACUGCACUCCUGCUGUACCUUUUAUUAUGGAGUCUAUGGGACUGCAGGUUUGCGGAGAAGACUAUCAGCACAUUGAGUUUGGUGUUGACGAGGUGAUGGAUUCCAAGGCUGUUGGGGGCAAUGAUCCUUUAUACAAGGUGUCGAGUACCCUAAACCCACAGGCUCCUGAGUUCAUCCUGGGCUGCCAGCCGGCCCAGAAAGCUCAACAGACAGCUUCUCCAGCAGCUGAUGUCCCUGACGGGGCACACUUCAACUCACUGGAUGGACCUGACUCGGAGGCCUCAGCCCUGGACAAUCACCAGCCAUGUCCAGACAUGGAUGGACUCCCUGGUAACCUGGGACAGAGAGAGCGAAAGAAAAAGAAAAAACGACCGCCUGGGUACUACAAUUACCUGGAACCGUCAACUGGCAGCAACAGCAGCAGCACCAGUACAGCGGAUGGGACACCUGUGACAGCACUGGUGAACGGACAUGCACUCAGUGGCCCACACCACAGUACUGAGGAUGUGGACAGUAAGGCAUUGUCAGGGGCUGAACUUUCCACCCCGGGACCCGCCUCCACAGCAACACCAACAGCUGCUGUGGCAGCAGCCAAGUGUGCCCCCACAUCCACUGCCAAUCAGAGGACUAGUGAUAGCCCUGAUGACUCUUCUUUGGACUUAGCAAGUGGAGCUGCCUCUUUAUCAGAUGGCAACAAUGCAACUUCCCCCUGUUCAUCCUCCUCUCAAAGCAGAGGGAUGACAGAGGGACCAAGGACUGCAGAUCAGCAGCCAGAUCAUUUGGCUCCACAGAGCCCUGAACUUUCAGAUACUCCACAUAGCCCACUCUCCAAAUCACCUCUUCCUACUUCAGCUGCUGUCAUCUCUGUCAUCACUUCCAUUACGACUACUGAACUAGAGGGAGGAGAGAUGGCAGACAAUGGGGUGGCAAAUGGGCUAGCAGAGUCUACCACUCCUGUCAGUGCAGAUGGACACAAAGAGGACAUUGAGAGUGGGGACCAGGUUCAGCAGGUCAUCCCAGAGUCAGCUGCCCAGUCAGUAGUGACAGAGCAGGCACAUUCACCUGCCACUCCAGCUGCACCUACUGCCAAUCUUCCGAAAUCCUGGGCUAGCCUCUUUCACAAUUCCAAGCCUCUACCUGGUGGCCCUCAGGCAUUUGUGGAGGUAAAGAAUGUUGUGGAAGCAGUAUCUCCCUCUGUCGCUGUGCCAGAGCAGCCUGAGAAAGUUGGGGAAGUAAAAGAAGGUCCUGUCCAUGUAUCUGAGGAUCCUAUGGCCCCUAAACUUGCAGAACUUAUUGAGAAUGUGAAGUUGAUACAUAAACCAGUGUCUUUGCAGCCGAGAGGACUGAUCAACAAGGGAAACUGGUGCUAUAUCAACGCUACUCUACAGGCCCUGAUUGCCUGCCCUCCCAUGUAUCACCUGAUGAAGUCCAUUCCUCUGCACAAUGAAACGCAGAGACCAUGCACCUCCACACCCAUGAUAGACAACUUUGUAAGACUGGUGAACGAGUUCAACAAUAUGCCCGUGCCAUCUAAAGCCAAACAGCAGGCUGUUGGAGAUAAGGUCACAAAAGACAUCCGACCUGGUGCACCUUUUGAACCAACUUACAUUUACAAACUCCUCACUCUCAUCAAAUCAAGUCUUUCUGAGAAGGGUCGACAAGAGGACGCGGAGGAGUAUCUUGGGUUCACGCUCAAUGGAUUGCAUGAGGAGAUGCUAGCAUUGAAGAAACUAAUCUCGCCUCAGGAAGAGAAAGCUCCCACACCUAAUGGACCAGAGUCCGAGCCAGGCGUGGAGGAGGAUGGUGCUGAUAAGGAGGAGGAAGGUAGUGAGGAUGAGUGGGAGCAAGUGGGUCCCCGAAACAAGACGUCGAUCACUCGCCAAGCUGACUUUGUCCGCACACCCAUCACUGAUAUCUUUGGUGGACACAUCAGAUCGGUGGUGUAUCAGCAAAACUCUAAAGAGUCGGCCACUCUGCAGCCAUUCUUUACCCUGCAGCUGGACAUCCAGUCAGACAAGAUCCGCACUGUCCAGGAGGCUCUCGAAACCUUGGUGGCUCGAGAGUCAGUCCAGGGCUACACUUCUAAAACCAAGCAAGAGAUUGAGAUAAGCCGAAGGGUUACUCUAGAAGAGCUGCCCCCUGUGCUGGUGCUCCAUCUCAAGAGAUUUGUUUUUGAAAAGUCUGGAGGCUGCCAGAAACUGACAAAGAAUAUUGAUUACCCCGUUGACUUGGAAAUCAGCAAAGAUCUUUUGUCCUCUGGAGUGCGAAGCAAAGUUGUGAAAGGCCAAAGAACUUACAGGCUCUUUGCAGUUGUGUAUCACCAUGGAAACAGUGCGACAGGCGGUCAUUACACCACGGAUGUCUUCCACAUCGGUCUUAACGGCUGGCUGCGCAUUGACGACCAGACAGUGAAGGUCAUCAACCAGUACCAGGUGGUGAAGCAGACUGCAGAGCGCACCGCCUACCUGCUGUACUACCGUCGCGUCGACCUGCUGUAGACACACACGCACAUCCCAACGUACAUGCAAGAUACCCUGAAUAUAUUCACAAACACACACAGAACAUGCAUCCUCAAUGCACUCGUUGACAGUACAUCUACACACGACACAAAGACACACAAAACUAAUGAACAGGAACACUGCCUAACUUGUUCUCUUGCAAGAUUUUCCUCUUCUUCCCUCCUGUCCCCGCUUUCCUGAGAACCAGCUUUUCCAACACCUUUUUCCUCGUCUCCUUUUUUUUCUUCUCCUUUUCUGAAGAAGAGAGGCAAGCUGCAUUCACAAAGAUUUCCCUGUGACUGCUCUCUUCUCUGUGCACCACUGCUGUGUUUUGAGUUCCUCUUUUUUUGAUUUAUUUUUAAAGCAGCAAAGAAGGACUGUUGAAUAGGCAGACAGAUUGGGGUUGCAGGUUAGGACCUGAGACUCACCUCUGACUGAGCCCACAGCUCGGCUCAAACAGUGGACUCGCUCAUGCAAGAAAAACUAUCCACCACGGGCUGCAAAUGGACUAUCAGUGUUUGCCUUUUUAGUUAAGGGGGAACUGUUGGCCUAGUGAAUUUGCAGCAGUUUAAAAGCCUGUUAAUUGCCCUCGUGCAUUGAAAAGGCCCAGCACCAGCAUUAUCGCAAGUCUCUCCUCCCAAGGCCAGAUUUCUUCUUUGCCACCACCACAACCACCACCAACUCCUUCUCCUCCGUUUUGUCACUUUUAUGAUGCUUUUUAAGUCUACUGGAGCCAUCAAAAACAUCAGGGGGGGAAAAAGCGAGUUGGGAAUGGGAACUGAACGUUUUUGUUGUUUUUGAGAUCCUUCUUGUGCUAUUCGGGUUUAGAUUUAGGGGGUAAAAAAAACUAUCUACAAAAUAUUAAUGAGCUUUAGAACUUAAUAAGCUUCUGUGCACAAAAUAUAAACUGAUUGAUUACAAUAUGACAGUAAAAUGCAUAUUUUACCAAUAUUUAGAUUCAGAUGUAAAGGAAAAAAGUCUAAGGUCUAGCUGACUGAAUGCCUGUUUGGGUUCUGAAGGAAUGUGCCUGUUUUUUGUUUUGUCCUUUUAAGACUCAGUUCUUGCACUGGAGAAGUGGCAGCCAGUUAAGACAGAUCCCACUGCAAACCCCACCCUUGUACAUUUUCUUCUCCUGUCUGAUUUUUAAUUGUUUGUCUUUUCUUGUGUAAAGGUUCCAUCUGUGUACUGGUGGCUUAUCAGUGUAGUUUUGAGCCACACCAUCUUCCUUAACCCCCAACUCAGCAGAAAGCAGGGGGGCUGCCUUAGGUUCAUUGUGUGACGUUUUUCCACUCAGUGUACGAGUCUAACCCUAAUCAGGCAGCGACUGCAAGUCUAAUGUAAGUGAAGAGUAAAGGGAAUGUACCUGACACCUGUGUAUUUACUCUUUUGUGGCUCAGUGUCUCCUCACAGUGGAGGGAGGAAAACUGAGUGUUGCGGGGAAGUGGGACAACAUCCGCGCUAAGCUCUGCAUAAAGACCCCAGGCAUGCACAUAAAAGGAGCUAGUAUUUGCUUUUGUUGAAGAUGAUUUUUUUUCUUUUGAUGAUUUCACUUAUUGUGAUGAUUUUUGUUUAUGUCACUAAAAAAAUGUUAGGUUUAUUUCUUUUCUGUUUUUCUUCGUCAUUGAUCAUUUAUCGGAUGUCCUAAUGCUCUUGCUCCCUUCAGAACAAUAUGCUUGCAUUUAAGUUGGUUUGAAAAGAAAUUACAGCGGCUAAAGCACAACAAAUAAAAUUGAACUAGUUCUUCGCUUGAAUUUUAUUUCAAUUUAUGUCAUGUUGUUUGUUUGGUUUUGUUUUAUUUUUUGCUCAAGGCCCAUUUUAUUCCAACCACCAUUGUCAGCAUCUCAGUAUUAACACAGCAGCACAAGUAUUUUCAUAUGAUUUUAUACAAUAAGAACUGGGGACAUAGGCGAGAUAGUGGUUCAACAUUUCCCUGCCUCCGAUCAAAGAAAAGCUGCAGUUUAAUGACAUUUAUUUUAUUUUCUUUUAAGAGCUUUGUGUGAAUUUAAUAAGUCUCUUAAAAUGGGAAUCAAUGAGAAAGUUGGUUCCUAUCUUUAAAUUAAAGUUUAGUAACAUAGUAACAUUUUUCAAAAUUACACACUAGAUUUAAAGUAUUUUAGCAUCGUUACGUGGUGAAAAAUAUCGAUUAAAGUUCCUUGUAGGUUUCCAAAUCAGAAGCCUUCCCCACGUGAAACCAAAGGUCAACAUUAUAUACAGGCCCUACCGCCUACCAUUCACUUUAUAUCCUACCAUUUUUCAUUCAAAGUCUCGUUGCCAUAUCUCAUCACAGUCCGCUGAUCGUCACACACAGGGAAUGGCAUGCUGCUUAGAUAGUCAGUACAUCCUAAAAUCUUUCACCAUGGUUCAGUCUUGCCGCUGGCUUCGUAGUCAUUUCUGCACACAUUGUGACAUUGUUGAUUUGCAUUCUUUCUUUUCCCUUUUUAAAGAAUGUUUGGAUGAUGGGACUUUGGAACAGAUGGCUUAUGCUUUCAGUUGUAUAGUUUUUAUCUCGGUCUCAGAUGGCUGGUCAGGAGAUGUGCUGGUGAAAUGCUUCAAUGAUGUCUUUCUUUCAGUAUGUGCUCCUAACUCUAUUGUCUGCUGGGAACUGUUGGAAUAUUAUUGACAUAAAAAAAAAAUCUAUACUGUCUUUUAAUUUCAAGCCUCCAGCAUCUAUUUUGUUUAUUGUUCAAAUAAAGGAUUGUGCAAAAAGCAGUUUGCUAAUCAAGUGUAGUCCAAAGACUACCUGGCUUUAUUAUCCACUGAAAACCUUUGCAGCCUCUACUCCGCGGACUGGCUUACAGAAACAUGUGCACAAUAAACUGAAAAAAGCAAAA